AUGACAAAGAAAAGAAAGAACAAUGGUGGUGCCCCAAAGGGCCAUGGCCAUGUGCAGCCUAUUUGCUGCACAAAUUGUGCCCAAUGCAUGCCCAAUGCUAUUAAAAAGUUUGUCAUUCGAAACAUAGUAGAGGCCACAGUUGUCAGGGACAUUUCUAAAGUGAGCAUCUUCAACAGCGAAGUGCUUCCCAAGCUGUAUGGGAAGUUACGUUGCCCUGUGAGUUGUGCCAUUCACAGCAAGGUAGUCAGGAAUCGAGCUUGUGAAGCCUGCAAGGACCAAACACCUUCACCCCAGUUUAGACCUGCGGGUGCUGCCCCAUGA